AUGGCGGCCAGACCGCUUGUGACUGUGUACGAUGAAAAGUACGAAGCCACUCAAUCUCAAAUUCGGCUCCCAUCCGUUUUCCGUACUCCAAUCCGUCCAGAUUUGGUGAGCUUCAUCGUCGAUCAAGUCCGCAGAAACAAAAGACAGGCUCAUGCAGUGAACACCAAGGCCGGAAAGCAACACUCCGCUGAGUCCUGGGGAACCGGACGUGCCGUAGCUCGUAUUCCACGUGUUCGUGGAGGAGGUACUCACCGUUCCGGACAGGGAGCUUUCGGAAACAUGUGCCGUGGAGGACACAUGUUCGCCCCACUCAAGGUUUUCCGUCGCUGGCACCGCAACGUUAACAUCGCCCAAAAGAGAUAUGCUGUCUCCUCGGCUAUUGCUGCCUCCGGAAUCCCAGCUCUUCUUCAAGCUCGCGGUCACGUUAUCGACCAGGUUGCUGAGGUCCCACUCGUUGUCUCUGACAAGAUUGAGAGCUUCCGCAAGACCAAGGAGGCUGUUACCUUCCUUCGCCGUUCCCACUUGUGGGCCGAUAUUGAGAAGGUCUACAACUCGAAGAGAAACCGCGCUGGAAAGGGAAAGCUCCGCAACCGUCAACACAAGCAAAAGCUCGGACCAGUUGUCAUCUACGGUCAAGAUGCUGAGUGCGCUCGUGCUUUCCGCAACAUCCCAGGAGUCGAUGUCUUGAACGUCGAAAGACUUAACCUUCUCAAGCUCGCCCCAGGAGGACAUCUUGGACGUCUUAUCAUCUGGACUGAGUCCGCAUUCAAGAAGCUCGACACCAUCUACGGAACCACUGUUGCCAACUCUUCUCAACUCAAGAAGGGAUGGUCUGUCCCACUCCCAAUCAUGGCCAACUCCGAUUUCUCCCGCAUCAUCCGUUCCGAGGAGGUCGUCAAGGCUAUCAGAGCACCAAAGAAGAACCCAGUGCUUCCAAAGGUCCACCGCAACCCACUCAAGAAGAAGACCCUCUUGUACAAGUUGAACCCAUAUGCUUCUAUUCUCCGCAAGGCCGCUCGUGCCAACGUGAAGAAAUAA